AACAGCGGCGCGCGCCGAUCAGAUCAUUCGCUGCUGCCUGUCGACUACAGCUAUAGUAUAGUAUACAGUGACUCUACAAUAUUCUGCGGUUCUGACCGCACUUCCGUGUUCUAUUUUUCCGUGAAAAUGACGUCUCCGUCAAAUAAUUUGCAAGGGAUGUCAGAUGCGGUAGCUGCUUCCCUGGCUACGGCGUCCACGGACACGACAAUCGGUGAUGGAUCGGCGGCAUCCAGUCGCAACCCUCUGCUUUGCUUUUUGUGUGAGGACUACUACAAUGACCCUUGUAUUUUGAUAUGUUUCCACACAUUUUGUGCUAAAUGCCUCCGAAGCAAAAAUCAGAACUGCAAGAUUAGCUGUCCUCUAUGCGGGUAACGUUAUAUAACUCAUUUAUACAAUUUAUUUUAUAUACAAUGCUUUAAGAUUAAUAAUAUUAUUACUAAAUACGCGUUAAUGUCAUAGAUGAAGGAAAAUAAAUGUACUUAACAGAAGCUUCCUAAUACACUGUUUUGUUGCCUAAACACUAUAAACACGGAGCAUUAUAAAAUCUGCUAUCCUGAUACGAUUGCUCCGUGUAUAUAGGUAACCAUAAGUGCAAUUAUCAUAUGAGUUUAACGCAUGAGUUGUUAUUUAUAGUACUUGUAUAACGUGAAUAUUUUACAAAUACCUUGACCUAGGUAUAAUAAUAACGUAUACCUCUGGUACUAUGGAAGAAGGGUUCAUUUAUGGAAUUUUUUUAUUUAUAAUUUUGUUUUAAAUAAUUUGUUUCCCAUUACAUUUUGAUCUAAAUGACAUGUGUAUUCUAACAUAUGUUACAUUGAAAAUAAAAUAUUUCAGUCACUGUACUGUAUUUUUUGCUGUCAAAAAGGUAUAAAUCCCAUAAUUAUAUGACAUAAGCCAUUUAUAAUGCCAUGUUUAGGUUAGGUAAUUUGGCAAUUGUGUGAUUUAUUGAUUUUCAAAUAUUAGAUUUAUCAAAUAAUUUAUUAGAUUUGCUUGAACUAAAAAUUAUAUUAAAUUGACAUAAGUCCUCGAUAUUACGAUUUAUUCACGAUUCUUAUUUGCUACAUCUCCUCCCAUUGAAUAUUCCUGGGUACGCCACUGUCUGUUCUAUAUGAUGAAUAAUAAUCAGGGCCUAAUUAACUAAUAGGCUGCAACCUAAGGUGGCAUUAAAUAGGGGGGGGGGCACAAAACAAUUUUUUUUUUAAAUUGAUUUUUUCAAACUCGUAUCUGAGAUAGAUCAAUGACCAAAGGAGUAGCCAGACCUAUUUGGGGGAGGGGUAUGAAAUAAUUUAUGGAGAGAGAGAAAGGAGCGAAGAUUUGGUGAUGAUAGUAAAAAAAAAAAAAGAUCAUCGCCAAGUUAACCUCAACUGAUAGCAAAUCCAUUAAUCAGGCCCUGUGAAUAAAUAAUUGUUGUUUUUGUUAAUAAGUAGAAAGGUUAGUAUAGGUAAUAUUGGAGAACUUUAAAUUAAAUUUCCGGAAUUUUCAACUGAAAUUGUGUCUAUUUCAAAUUUUGAAAUCAUAUCUUCAAUGAUGCUAAAAUGUUCGCAAACAAAUUGUACGGCAUUUGGGUUUUUUUUAGAUUCUAAGUAGACCGAAAUUUAUGGUUUUACAAUGUUUAUUUUUUUAAUUUUUUUUUUCUGUGAAUAACUUUUCUUCUAAAAAUCUUGCACCGAUUUACAAUUGUAGCACUUUUUCUAAAAGAAAAUCGGACUGGGAAGGUACUUUUCCGUACGGGAAAAUCGAGUAAAUAUACAAAAUGUACGUAUUAAUAGAAAAAUAUGACCUUUUUUAAUCCCGUGAAGAAAUUUUCUACCAGCAAUUUUGUUCCAAUUUACAAUGAUUGCACUUUUUCUUUAAGCAAAUCUUACUGGCGGGUUACUACAUGGAGGUAAUUUUUUGUUUCCCGUAAAGUCGAAUUUUUCAAGGGGCUUGGUUUUUUUUAUCCUGCCCAACAAAACCUAACCUCAAAACAUGAAAAAUUGUAUUGUACAAUUUUUCUUUAAACUAAAUAAAAUAAAAAUUAGACUGGUACUGUUGUGUGUUUUCUCAUUUCGACAGGAAGUUCAUAUUUUUAUAAAUACUGAAUAUUGGAAUAAUUAAUAAAUUCCAAAAAUAGGCUAGUAAAGAUCUCUCUAGAGAUUACUUUUUGAUUUUUCCAGAAUCAAAUAUUAGAAAUGGCUAAAAAUAUUUAGAGAAGAUAAUAUGAUGGUACAAGUAUAGACAGUGCAUUGUUAUAUAAUGAACAACAGACAAACCAUACAAAACAUUUGAGUUUCGUAAAAUCUUUACUAUUUAUAAUUAAAUAUUUGUUUAUAUUAUUGUCAAUCUACAUAUUGUAAAAAUAUUUGUAAAUUAAAAAUAAAAAAAUUACACUUUUAACUUGGUAAUUAUAUUUAAAACCUUAAGAUAAAAAUUGAAAGAUUAAAGUAAAAAACUUAAUUUAUGAUUAUCUUAUUUUAAAUAUGAUAAAUUUGAAUUUAACAUGAAUAAUUAUAAUAACUUGUGUGCACAGUAAUACAUUUUACAAAUAAACAUUCAUUUUUAACUUUAUUAGUAGUUUUCUUAGUCAGUUCAUUUAUUUUAGUAUAGAAUAGGUUGGAUAUUUGAAGUUUAAUAUUACAUUUCAGAGUGACAUUUUGUAUUUUUGCGAGUCAUGUGUAUGUGUAACAUAGAGACCAUAUAAUUCAUCAAUAUCUAGUUUUUAGUUGCUUAUCCCAAUUCUGAGAAAUAUUUCUGUUAUUGUCAUUAAAUGAUUCUUAAUAAAUGUUACUAUUUUUGAUACUGCUAAUUGUCUGAAAAAACAAAAUUAAAAAUAAAUAAUAUUACUGCAAAUUAAUAAAUAUUAAUUAACUAUAAAAUGUUACAUGAUAUUUCAAUACCUAAUGUAAUAAUGUUAGAAUAUCAUUAAAUAUUUUAGACUAUUUAUUAGUUUUAAAAAAUUAGGAAUUUUAUCUAUACAAUUGUAAAAUAUAUCAAAAAUUAAUUAUGACUUUUCAUUUUCUAUCCACUGAUAAAAAAAUAUUAUUUUGUGCGUUAUUAUUAGACAAACAACUAAUUAAUUAAUUAAAAUUAAUAUUAUAUUUCGCUUAUUACUUUUAAAUCUGUAAAUCAUUAAAGCAAAUAAUAAAACAUUUAUUUUAUAAUGGUACUUAAAACAAUAUAUAAUAUUUACAUCUGAUAAAAAUGCAAAUCUUUUCACAGGUUAAAUAAGUACUAAAUUUAAUAAUACAAGUAUUUAAAUUACCGAAUUUUCGAAACUCAAAUUAUCAUUACUUGUUGAUACAUUAUGAUCCAUAUUAAUGGUACCUUGAGCAGCAUUAAUCAAUGAAAUAUCUGUUAUAGAUUUUAACCUUGAUCCUUUUUUAAUUUUCUCACUAUCAAAUAUCUAAACCAAUAAUAAAUUUAAAAUUUAAAUAACUGUACUUUGAGUAUAAUAUUUUAAAUAUUUACAUGAGUAUUUUUAUUUUCACUGCUUUAAGAAUUAUUGAUUAAAUUUUAUUUGUAUAAUCAUUUUCAGACGGAAAAAUUUCAUUUUUCCCACAGAGUUCAUCAUUUUCUUUCAGGCCUUAAAAAACUUUUUUAUUUUUUGUACAGAAUGAUCUAUUUAGUUAUAUUUCAAUAUUUCAAAAAGUAUUAAAAUAAGAGUUUUUAAGAAAUUUGGUUUUCAGAACAAUUCAAAAAACGAUUUAUGCUCUAAAAUUUUACAUUGCCAUUAUUAUUUAUUAUACUUAUUUUAGGGGAUUUAAUCACUACACACUUUCCAAUAGCCACUCAUAUUAAAAAUGCCGUAAAUGGAUGACGUCAUAAUUGAAAUCUCUUUUAAAAUUUUUAAUUUUUGUCAACCUGUUAACCUUAUAUUGCACUUUCAAGUUUGGCUGAGGGAUGAGUACAGGAGUAUUAUUCAUAUGUUGUGUAUCUCAACAAUAUAGAAACGAUGCUAAACUUUCCACUUAAAAUAACUUAAAAAUGGAAUACGUUAUCAAUGGGUUAACGGAAAUUUAAAAAUAAAGAAACAGAAAUUAUUUUGAAAUAUCUAAUGUAGACACUUAAAUGGAACACCUUGAAUACACACUGAAGCAUUGUAGACAAAUAUGUAUCCAGAUUAAAAAAAAAAAAAAAAUUAAAAUAUUAACAAUUUAACUUAAUUAUAAGAAAUUUAAAUAAUUUUUAUUUUGUUUUAAUAUUUACAUUCAUUUGAUUGAAGUUUUUAUAAAAUCAUAUUAUUUUUUGCUGAAGACUCAUAUUCAGAUUGUGAAGGUUCUUCAAUAUCUUUUUCAAUAUUUCUUAAGGGAAGUGAUGGUAAUUUUGGUGUGAAAUAUUUUAAAAUUACAUGUUCACUAGAAAUCUCCUGUAAAUUAUAGUCAUUAAUACACAUGUUAAAAUUUAUUUUACAAAUAUAACAUUGGAUGAUUGGUAAAUUUUCUUCAUAGUGUGGUUCUACAGUUGAAUGACCCACCUUAAUAAAAUAUUCUAUACAUUUUUCAUCUGAGUGGUUCCUUACAUGCUCAAAAUUUGCUGCUAAAAAUGUAGAUAUAUGAGAGAGACCAGUAUAAUUUUUAUUAUGAGAUUCCUAAUGCAUUUUAACUAGCCAUUUUGAACUAUACAUAUAUACAUUUCAAAUUGUGCAAUAAUAUGAAUACACAUUAGUCACAUUAUGAUAAUUUUUUAUAUGCAUCAACGAGAUAAUGUGAAUUUUGUAAUCAGAAAAAGAUUGAGUUGUAUAGUUGCAUAUUCUACAAUCGUAUGUUUCAAUUACUGUUUUAUGCAUUUUUGGUGAUAAAUAACUUUUAUUUGUGCAUUUAUAUAUUGUAUGAUCCAAUAUUUCUUCAACAUUUUGGUUGAUAACAAUAUUAUACAACUUGCAUUUCACCAUAAACUGUGAAGUAUUCAUAAAUUUAUCCAAUAUAAUUAAUGACAAUUUCAAUGGAUUACGUUGUACAUCAAGAUUAUUAUUAUGUUCUUUUGUAUCUUGAGUAUUACUAAUAUGUUUUUCCAACUUGUUCACUUGAAUAUUUAACUUAUAAAAAUAUGCAUUUUAAUGUUAGAUGUUCAGCUUUUAAUAAAUGGUUAUCUAAUACUUCAGUACUACACAAAAAUGUGAUAUUGCAAUAUUCACAACAGUAUAAUACUUGUUUUGUGUGAUGUGUUUUAAUAAACUUAUGAGGUGGUUUAUUUUUGAAUGUUUUACAAUGACUGCAAAAAUAUAAAUGAUUUGUCCUUGGGCAAUUUAUUUAACUAAUACUUGAUCUAUUUAUAGAAUUUUAAAUAUAGGUUGCUAAUUGAAAAUCAAAAGUAGUAAAGUAAAGUAAAGUAAAAAUAACUACAAUAUAAAGUGCACUAAAUUAAACUAUAAUUUAUAAUAUAAAAUAUUUUUUUUUAAUUAGGCAGGUACCUACCUAUUUAGUUAAUUAUAUUUUAAUUUAUUCUGUAAACAUUAUACAUGUUAAAGAGUGUUAAUAUACUUACAUUAGGUAUUUAAAUUAAGCAGCCUACGAAAACAAUGAUUUCCAGUUAAUAAAUGUAUUAUUUUUAUUUAGGUUAUAUUUUUUUUUGUAUAUUAUGAAAUUAUACAAGGUCUGUUUAUAUAAUUUGUACCAGUUUGUACUAUUAGUUCUCGUACAGACUAAAUAUUAAAAAACUUCAAAUGGUAAAUUUUGAAACUGUAAUUUAGUUGAUAACUGAUAAAUUGGAGAUCACAUAUUUAUAUGGUAAAAUAAAUUUAUUUUAUCAUGAUUGAUCAAACCAUAUCAAAAUAGAUUUGGCGUCAUUUAUUCUGCCAAUGGAAAGCUGCGCAAACCGGGUACACAGUUCCCUAGUUUUAGAGAAUUCCAAUCAUUUUAGGGAAAUGAGGAAUUUUUCUAUAUUAACUCAUAGUUCUAGGAACUUUUUCAUUCUGUAAGGUUUUUUUUAUUUAAAAUAAACUUUAUUCUGUAAUAAAUUGAUCGUUGACCGUUAAAAAUUCUUAUUAUUAUUAUCAUAGUCAUAUUAAUAUGAUAUAGACAUAGCAUUUUAGAUUCGGAGUGUAGCAAGUGAUCUAUUGGUUUUAUUAUGUGUUUGAUUUUUAUUAAGAACUAAAUUAAUUACAAUUUAAUUAAAAAAUAUAAUAAAACCGAGUAUGUUGUUGUUUGUUUGACUUGUGUAAAUAACUUUAAAUUGAGAUUUUGAUAAUUUUCACAAAAUAUUUAAAAUAUUAAUAAUUUAGAAAAACCAUUUAAAAACAUCUGGAAACAAGAGCCUUUUUUUUAAAGAUCAUGUGGGUGUGGUAGAGUGCAUUUAACUCCUUUAAAGUGGUCAACAUUUUAAUUUACUAUAUAUUUGUACACUAUCACCUAUACUGUUCAAAUUAUCUAUAGUAUAACUUAUAACCCAUAUUUUAAAAUUAUCAAUUAUUUUUUUAGAACACAAACUACAUUGAAAGAGGGUGUUCAGUUACCACCUCCCGAUUAUUUAAUGUGUAAACUAAUUGAAAUGGUAAACAUUGAGAACCCUCCAUGUGCCAACUGUGACAAACGUGAUCCGCCCUCAAUGUAUUUUUGUUCCACUUGUGGUAAGUGCAUUUUUAAAGAAUGUAGUAAUAAAACAAUGCAUACCUAACAAUGCAUGGUAUGUACUUAUACUGUUUAGGUCAAGCAUUAUGUAAGUCCUGCCGAGAAAAUACUCAUCGUGCUAAAAUGUUUUCUUCUCAUGAUAUUGUACAAAUGUCAAAGCGCUUGGUAGACAAAACGGAAAUAGUAAGUCAAAUUUCAAUGAAAUAGUGUUUUUUUAAUAGUGUACUUAUGUAAUUAUAUGUAAAUAAAAUCAAUAUUAUAAGUAUAUAAAUUUCUGUAGUGCCCAAAGCACGAUGAAAAGAUCAGUUAUUUCUCAAAUACUCAAAAACAUGUGAUUUGUACCAGUUGCGUACGCGAAAAGCCUCUCGAAAGUCGCAAGGCAUGCAUAGACAUAGAUGUAGCUUAUAACCAAAAUUUGAAAAAAAUAGAUAGAGCACUUUUAGUAAGUGAUAUUAAAUAAUAUGUUUUCUAUGAUUAUUGAACUUCUAUACUUAUUAUAAAUCUGUUUCAGUCUGUUUAUGAUAUGCAGACCACAAUUCGAGAAGGUGUAGUUGCUUGUCACACACUGCUAGAAGAGCUGCGACAAAAUACAGACACAGAAAAAUUAACUAUUCAUAAUUUUGUGCAAACACUCCACGAUGCUAUUAAUAAAAUACAAACUGACAUGCAUUUAGAAGUUCAACGGUAAUUUAUUUUUCAAUCAAUCACAGUUUAAAAUUCACACAUGAUUAUACACAAUAGUAUUAAAUUUAAUAUUUUGCCUCUUUUUAGAACAUUUUUUAUCAAUUUCAAAUAUUUUAUUUCUAUGUUUUUUGCAGACAAUAUGAAAUAAAAGAAAGGGCUUUUCGUAAUCAGCUUUUGACUUUAAGUGCAGUGCUUCCAAUUUUGCAACAUCACAUUGUUCUUUGCAGAAACUUUGUUUCAACUUCAAAUAAAUAUUAUUUUCUUGAAAUUGUGUCUUUAAUGCUCGACCGAUUAAACACUAUAGUAAAAAUUCCUCAACCAACAAAGUAAUUUUUUUGUAUAAUAAUUUGUCUAUUGUAUUAGUACAAUAAUGUAAGUUAUUUAUUUGUAGACCCCUAUUGACCAGCACAAUAAAAACUAAUUACCGUUCUGAGUUUGCUCAGUGUUUAGAACCAUGGUUUGGUAAAUCAGAUCUUAUGGAUUCUGGUAUAUAUGAAUCAUCAAAAAGUAUAAGUAAUCUUACAGCUAAAUCUAAAGAAAACCUUAACUUAUCAAAUUCUACAUUACCCAGCAAAAGACAACAUUCUGCUCUUAAAGCUAAAGCAUUAGAAGGCGAAGGACCUUUUUCUAAUCAUUGUCGAAGUUUUGACUCCCAGAUCAAGGUAAAUUUAUAAAUUAUUCAUAUUUAGAUUAUAGGUAAUGUAUAAUAUAUACAAAUUAAUAAUUUUAAAUAUAUUUUGUUUAAGUAUUUAAAAAAAUUCAAUAAGUAUUGUCCAUUGUAUUUAUUAAGGAAUUGGGAACUCAAUUGAAUUGUGUGAAAGAUCGUUUAAAUGAACUACAAAGAGAAGUAAGAGCUCUUCAAGGUACUAAAUCUCCAGCUGUGCCUCCUUUGAUUUUGAGACAUCAAAAUAUAAUUAGAGACUGUCUACGGUUAAAUGAUACUCUUGAAAGAAAUCGAGUAGAACUAGAAAGACUAAGAUCGGUGUUCCAAACUAUUUGGCAAGAACAAUUAUAUAGAAUCCAUGUUGAACAAGAUAUAUUCCAGUCACAAGCAUGUUUAAUUUAAAUUAUUUCACAUAUUUAAGUUCAUACAUUAAUUGCUUGUAAAUAAUUCAUCUAUCUUAUUUUUAGAUGACUGAUAUUACAAAUUUGCAAAGUGAAGUUAAACAAUUGGCUACUUUGGCACAACAAUUAGAUCCUUAUGUCAAACGUUUAACAUCCAAGCCUAGUAAUAAUGAAAUGGCUGAUUUAAAGAGUUUAUUGGAUCGUCUUAGUUCUCUGCAGCAAUCUCAAAGGUAAUUUGUUUAUUUAUAAAUUAUUUAAUGUGUUCUACACAAUUUAUUGUACCUAUUAUUUUCUUCUAGUCAUGAAAUAUGCAUAAUCUCCAUGUAUUAACUUUAAUUUUGUUUUAUUAUGUAGGUUUCCUAUGGGAUGUCACAAAUUAGAAUCACAUUGUAUGAGUAGUUCCUCACCUUUAUCUGACACAAUGUAUGCAAAAGAUAACCGCCCAGAAACUCCAGUUAGAGAAAAAGAUCAACAAAUGUUAUACUUUCAUAAAACACAAUUACAAAAGGGUGUAAUGUCUCAUAUUGUGGAUAAAGUUUGUGUACGGGACAAAACGUUUCAAGAAUUUAGAGAAAGAAGUAAAUCUGAAGGUCGCAUAAAAGAUUGUCCAAUUAGAGGAAAAUCUAAAAGUGGUACUGAUAUUUCUUUUAUUGUAUUAUUUAUUAUAAACUUAUAUAAAUUGUAUCUAGUGUUGUAAUCAUUUUAUAGUUGUAAGUGAAGAAUGUGUCAAAAAUACAAGAGCAUGUUCAUUAUAUCAAAUGAUAGAUAUUCGUGAUCUACAACAUUCUGUUGCACAAUCAACUUCUAAUAUACAUGAAAAGGUUUAGUAGAGUACAUUAUGUUUGUGACAUUUUUUUAAAAAAAAAUUUUCUAUCUUUUUUAGAAUUCGAACGUUGAAAUGUGUGAUAAGUUGAGAGAAUAUUUAAAAGAUCAUUUGAAAAAAAAAUUAAAUGUUGAGCUUAUAGAUGAUGAUAAAGGUAAUAUAAAGUCAUUGAUAUAUUUUUAAAAUUAAUUUAAGUGAAAAGAAUAACUAUUAGUUUUUAAUGAUACACGUUUUUGUAAGUUUUUUUUAAAAUUUAUUUUAUGUAAAUCAUAGAUAAUAACUAUAUACAGGGUGUUUUUUUUAUUUAUGAACCAAUAAUUAUCUCAGAAUUUUAAGUGAAUUUAAUUUCUUUUUCUCUUAAUCAUUAUGAAAUUGUUUAAGCCUUAUUUUAAAACAAUUUUUAAUUUUUUACCCUACUUCAUGUAUCUUAAAUAAGUACAUACUUUUGAUUUUCAAAUACGAACCCCCCUUUUGAACACAGAUUUAAAUAGAGAAUAUUUUUCUAAAAAUGUUCAUAUACAUAACAAUAAUAUUAAAUUUACCAUUUAUGAGUUAUAAUAGUUUAAAGUUUAGACCAGAGGAGUAGGGAAGGGUAGUAAAUUGCCUAAAAAACACUCUAUAUUAUUAAUAUAUCUAUGAUUUAAAUGAAUGUAUACAUCUGAUAAUAUUUUAUACAAAAUGCUCACAUAUGCACCAAAAACCCGGUAAUUUAGUUAACUUGAAAAUAUAUCGUCCAAUAUCUAUCAUUUUAAUAUUACUAAACACAAAAAAAUUUAAUUUCUAAAAAAAUAAGUUCUCUGUUCAGUAAUAUAAUAUUUAAUAGUCAACAUGUUUUCAACUUAAAAUUUUCAACAAAUACACAUUUAAUUUCUUUCUUUCAAACUAUUUUGAACUAUACAGAUAACAAUUAUCAAGCAGAUGUGAUUUAUACAGAUUUCUCAAAAGCAUUUGAUAAUUUCUAUUGGAAUUAGUAAUCCGUUGUUAUCAUGGUUUACAUCAUUUGAAACAAACAGAAAACAAAUAGUAAAAUAUAAACAAUUUUUUUCAUCGCCUAUUUUUGUAUCAUCUGGUGUUCUCCAAGGAAAUAACUUUUCUCCACUCCUGUUUAACAUAUUUUCAAAUAUCAAUUCUGUUUUAUGCUUUGUGAAAUUAUAUUUCUUUAUUGAUGACUGCAAGUUUGUUGGAAUGAUUAAAUCUAUAGUUUACUUAGAGUUACUUUAAUCGGAUAUUGAUGCAGUUGUAAAUUGGUGCUCUAAUAGAGAAAUGGAUUUGUAUCUAAAUGUAAUAUCAUCUUUCACUGUAAAAAAAUAAAAAAAUACAAUAAUUUUCUCGUAUCAUAUUAGUAAUAUAAUGUUACCAAUUGUUACACAUAGUAUAAAGGAUUUAGGAUUUAUAUUUGAAUCAAAUUUAAUAUUUAGUUUACAUAUUUUGAAAAUUAUCAACAAAGUAUGAAAGCAAUUAUGUUUUAUUAGAUGUUACUGUAACAGCUUUAUUAAUCCUUUCAUUCUUAAAUCAUUGUACUAUGCUCACUAGUUCUUGUUUGGAUUAUAAUUCCACACUUUGGUAUCCUUGUCAAUUAGGUUUAAUUAAAGAAAUAAAGAUUAUUCAUAAUUUUCAGUAUUGAUACUUCAAAAUAUUUAAUACAUAUAGGUAUACUUUUUUUUAAAUAUCUAUUGAGCAUUACAAAAUUAACUAACACCAUACAAUUAAAUAUAACAUACCAUAUAGUUUUCACCAAUUUUAAUAUUAUAAUAAUGUAAAAUAAUGUGAAAUAUAAUACAAACGUUGUAAGUUACAUUGUAUAACACAUAAUUUCUAGAAUUACAAUUAUAAUAAUUUUUAGAAUUGCGCAAUCUAUACAUUUUUUUUCAUAUUUAUAGUAUGAAACUGAAAAAAAAAAAAAAAUUAAAAAUGAUUUAAGUAGAAUUUAAGUAAAUUUAAUAUACUAUGUAUUGAACCUAUUCCUAGAUAAACAUCUUGUAAUAGAAUUCUCUUCCCCACCAUAAGCAUAACAUACAAGGGAUGAGUAAUUUUUAUUUUUUAUAGCGUUGAUAUUAUUAGUUAAAUUUGUUUUCAUUGGUUAUAAAUUAUAUUGUUAUUGUUAUUAUUAUUAUUAUUAUAAUUAAUUAAUUUCCUUGGUAUAUUUAAUUAAAAUUGUCAAAUUAUAAAAGUUGGGUAGUUGAAUAAUAAGCUAUUUGUAUUCAGAUAAGUGAUUUCUAAAGUUUUUGUAUGUUUAGAAUAUCAAAAAUCAGAACACAAAAAGAGUUUUGAGUAUAUAGAAGGAAUGAUUGGAGAAGUUGAAACUAUUAGUUGUGAAGCAACAAAAGUUUGCCGUAAGCAAGGAGGAAAAAUUCACAAAAAAGCCAUGCCACUACCAACAGAAGAUCCUGUACCCAUUCCUGUAGCUGCUCCGAGAAAGUAUAAACGAUAUCCGCAUUCAGACACUGAAGAUGGUGCUAUGUACCAAGAAUCAAUAUCAUUCAGGUUAGUAUAAUUUUUAAGUAAUUAAAAUAUUAUAUAAACUUAUUAAAUUGAUUAUCUACUUAAAAUGGCUUCACGUUUCUAUGAUAAGGCUGACACUCAAUCACUUUUUUCCAAAUCAGUCACUUUUCUUACUUUUUAUUAUAUAUUUUAUACCAAGAAAGAAUUUGUAAAGAACCAACUUUGUGCUUUUUUCUAGAUGUGUAUAAUAUGUGGAUGAUAAAUAGUAUAAAGAUUUACUUUUAAUAAAAAUUGUUGUAAAGUCCAUUUCAUUUUGGCUGUCAAUAUUCAUCAAUAAUAACUUUAAGAAAAACAAAAAUUAUAAAAUUAAACCAGCGACCGUUGUAUCAGUUUUACUAAUUAUGUUGACUGUUAGUUAGACUGAGACAGUUGAUUCUUUAAAUACCUAAAAAUAUAAUUUUUUUCACUUUUUUUUUCUGUGGACAAUUUUUCUACCAGAAAUUUUGCUCAGAUUUUUAAUGAUAGCACUUUUUCUGAAAGAAAAUCUGACUGGGGCGGUACUUUAGAAAGGUCAUUUUUUAAUGACCAAUUAAUGGGAGAAACUUGGAAAACAUAGGAAAAUAGGGAAAAAAACUUAGGAAAAACAGAAAAAUAGGUUGAAUAUUAAACAAAUAUUAUUCAAGAAAAUGUUUAAUGCAUAUGUAAUUAUUUUUCCAUAAUAUUGUAUAUAUUGUUUACAAAGUAACACUAUCAACCAAACUCCGCUUAGAAUCAUUUUUUUUAUAUAAAAUUUAAUAAAAUUUUUAUAUAAAAUAAUUUGUGUUUUCUAGACGUAUAUCUUCUCCCGAGGGUGAUAAAUGUACUCGUACAUCAAAUUCAGUUCGAUGUAGAUCCAAAAAGUCAGGUCCUGUUCGCAAACAAAGGUCAUGGGAAACAUUUCCAACUCGAAAAAAAUCCAUGACUCCGGAACCGAGUAAAUUUUGUCGUGAUCCAGAAUCUUUUCGCAGUCAAUUUGAUCUUAAUACUUUUCAAGAUGGACUACGAAAAGCUGAUAGUUUUGAAGGACAUGAAGAAGCUGUAAGUUCACUUGUUAGAGAAUUCAAUAAAGUUCGAUCACUGGAUAAAAAACCUAAAAAAAUAGAUUAAUAGAAUUAUUAAGUAGAAAUAAUGAAAAUUAGGUAAUAUUAUUUAUACUCAAGUUAGAUUUGUACAAUUAUAUAUAUUUUUUUUUGGUUUUUAUCUUUAAUGCUGUGGACUAUCGAACUAAUUACAUGUUUGUUAUUUCGAGUUCAUAAUUUAGAAUAAGAUUCAAUUUCUAAAAUUCUUUGGCCCAACAAAACAUAUAAAUUAAAUAGAUAUAUUAACAAAAGACGGACAUAAUUAGCAUGAUGGGUGAGCCACUGUUGUAGGUGAGAAGUUAGGAAGGUAGGAUAUAGUGGGGAAUUUAAUAUAAUAUUAUAUUUUUACGUUUUUAUUACACAUUUGUUUGCUAGUUAUUUUAUUUAUUCUCGUCCUGUUCAUUUGUACUUAUAAUUUAAUUAUAGUUUUUGUUUGUGUAAAACAUGUUUAUGAUCAAAAUUUGAUAAAUAAAUAUUAUUAAAGGUUUUUGUUCUAUAACUUAAAUUUGUGAUUGAAAUAAUACAUACACUGAGUUAUACAUAUUAAAAUGAAUAAAUGAAUGUAUUCAUUAAUUUUCAGUUUCAGUUUUUUUUAAUAAACUUAUUUAUGUUUAAAUCAAUAGUUUGUCAACUACAGUUUAAGAUUAUUCCAUGUGUAAUAUUUCAUUGUGAAUUAAGUAGGUAUGCCUGAAGUUUCUAUUGUUGUAUUAUUAAUACUGUAUAAUAUUUAGGGCCCAUUCAUUUUUCGCACGAUUCUAUUGUUCCAUUAUUAAAUUAACCUAAUAACAGUAAUAAAGUGAUAGCUGAUAAGUGAGAGAACUUUAUAUACUUAUUGCCUUAUAAAUUAUGUUUUACAUAAUAUUAUUUGGUGCGUGUUUUAGAUAGUUUAUAUACCUAAUUAGAUAUAUUAAUGUGUAAUAAUACAAUAAUAUAGAUAUAUUACAAUUAUAUAACUUUUUUUUUUGUAUAUAAAAUAAUCAUUUAUUUUCAAUCAUCAUGUUUUAUAAUUGGGGGUUAUUUAUCUAUGUUGUACCAUUUUUAUAUUUACUUUCAAAAGUGUAAAAUUUGAAGUAUUAUUUCGAAUAAUUUAUAAGCUACCGAAAAUAUUGAUAUCGGUCUAUAACUCUUCUGAUUGUUUUCUGGUUUUCUUUGCUGAAGUAUUUUAAUUAUUUGAAUGCUUGUUGCCAUAAUUAAGUUAUUAUUUUGUUAUUUUUGACUAAGGAAAAUAAACUAGCCAGCCAAACUUUACCAUUAUGUGGUAAGUAUUUGUUAAACUUCAAUAAGAUUUCGUAUAGGCAGAUUUGCUACUUUUGACAAGCUUCAAAGCAGCUUCCACAUUUUCCAACCAAAAAUCUUCCAUACUUUCAGAUUUUUCUGCAUAGCUUUUUUUUUAUCUUUAGUUUUUCUAACUUCAAAGGUUUUAUGUUUGAGGUCUUGAAAAUAAUGUUUAAAAUUGAUAGUUUGGUUAUAUUUUGCACUCCUUUCACCCCGAGUGGUGGCUGAUCUUAGUUUUCUAGACCAACUUUUCCUAUUCAAGUAGGUGAAUUCUAUCUCAUCCAUUUUUCUUAUCCAUUUUAAUAGGCGAGAAUGUUAACUUUAUCAAUAGAAUAAUAAGUUUUAAUCUAAAACCCUGCUGUAAAGUUAAAAUUUUAACUAUUUUCUAUAAUAUUCUAGAAUAUUCUAAUUGUAGUAUUUAAUAUUUAUAAUUUUUAAAUAGGUACUUCCAAAUUUGUAAGAUACUUGUUAAAUUAUUAAAUAAUAAAUAAAUUAUAAACUUUAUUGUUUAACUUAUAAAUAUAUUAAGAGAUAAAUAUUUUAAGACACAAAUAGUGCCAUUAAUUUUAGAAUAUAUAUGUAUAUAUAUAAUAUAUAAUGUAUUUUAGUGUAUU